GUCCAAGUGUAGCCCUCCCUGCCCCAAGGGCCCUUGCUCACAGGGAAGCUGCACCUAGGACUCUGCCUGCUGGGUGCUAAGACACUGAGGUUCUGGUUCUCUUCAUCUCUGGGUUCCCAGCUCUCUUCUUAAAAGCCAAUGUGGUGGUUUUGAUGUGUGAGAAACUCCUGCCUGGUUGGGUGCUGUCUUUCUAUUCUUCACUUUUUGUCUUAUGAAAAACAAAUUAAACCAUCUCCUUACCCGAAUCUUGAGAGGAAACAGCUUCCCUGUCUCCAGUCCCCAUGUCUUUUCCUCUCAUCUCCUCAGGGGUCCAUUCUCCAAAACGUCUCUCCAUCAUUGGGUCAGGAGCCUCGUCUCCUGUGGCUUCUGCACCUGCUCUCCUCGUUCUCUGGAUGGGAAUGUCUGGUUCCUUCCCUGAGGAUGUGUUCUAGAAGCUUCAGCUUCACUGUGAUGACUGCCGGAUGCCUUAGUGCCUGCGCUUCUGCAGCCAGGAUCCCUAUCAUACUGCCCUCUCUGCCUUUCAGGAGCGAUGGGCUUUUGGGGGAGGACCCAUUAGCUUUCUAAGCUCUCCCAUGAAACUGUGUCGUGCUCCAUCCCUUAGUGCCAGGGUUGACUGGGUUUUGCGGUGAUCCUCGUCUGGAAUGAAGAAAGCCUGGCUUGCGCAGAGGUGUUUCCCUGCAGAGGGGCUUGGAGAAGCAGAAGUGGCAGUAUCUGCUAUCUUUUACGUCAGAGACUGCUAACUGGAAGACUUCCCGCAUGCCUGUCUUGAACCCACUACUAGAUAUUUCUGUUAACUGACUGGCCCUUGCUCUUUAAGUACUGAAUUUGGUCUGAUUUCCAUUCUCUUGCCACCAUGCCUACCUGCUAUGAUUCUGGAUAAGCUCCGAUCCUCUCUUGGGUUACUUUAUUUGCUCACUCAGGACAGAGGGCUCUGAUCUAGGACCAGCAACUCACACCCUCUCCCCUCACAUCCACAGGCUUGAAAUGAGAUGAGAUGUUCCUCCCUCCCCUUUCAACCAUGGACCUCACACUGUGGACUUUCUCUUAGAGCCUCUGAGAUUGGUACUCAAGCAAGGCACAAUGUCCCUGCCCCCCAUAAGACUGCCCAGCCCCUAUGGCUCUGAUCGGCUGGUACAGCUAGCAGCCAGGCUCCGGCCAGCACUAUGUGAUACUCUGAUCACUGUAGGGAGCCAGGAGUUCCCCGCCCACAGUCUGGUGCUAGCAGGCGUCAGCCAGCAGCUGGGCCGCAGGGGCCAGUGGGCUCUGGGAGAAGGCAUCAGCCCUUCUACCUUUGCCCAGCUCCUGAACUUUGUGUAUGGGGAGAGUGUAGAGCUGCAGCUUGGGGAGCUAAGGCCCCUUCAGGAGGCGGCGAGGGCCUUGGGAGUGCAGUCCCUGGAAGAGGCAUGCUGGAGGGCUCGAGGGGACAGGGCCAAAAAGCCAGAUCCAGGCCUGAAGAAACAUCAGGAGGAGCCAGAGAAACCCUCAAGGAAUCCUGAGAGAGAACUGGGGGACCCUGGAGAGAAGCAGAAACCAGAGCAGGUUUCUAGAACUGGUGGGAGAGAACAGGAGAUGUUGCACAAGCACUCGCCACCAAGAGGCAGCCCCGAGAUGGCAGGAGCAACGCAGGAGGCUCAGCAGGAACAGACCAGGUCAAAGGAGAAACGCCUCCAAGCCCCUGUUGGCCAAAAGGGAGCAGAUGGGAAGCACGGAGUGCUCAUGCGGUUGAGGGAAAAUCCAGGGGGCUCUGAAGAAAGUCUGCGCGAGCUCCCUGGCCCCCUUCCCCCAGCAGGCUCCCAGCAAACCAGCGUCACCCCUAGGCCCUCGUGGGCUGAGGCCCCUUGGUUGGUGGGGGGCCAGCCUGCCCUGUGGAGCAUCCUGCUGAUGCCGCCCAGAUAUGGCAUUCCCUUCUACCAUAGCACCCCCACCACUGGAGCCUGGCAAGAGGUCUGGCGGGACCAGAGGAUCCCACUGUCCCUAAAUGCCCCCAAAGGGCUCUGGAGCCAGAACCAGUUGGCCUCCUCCAGCCCCACCCCAGGUUCCCUCCCCCAGGGCCCCGCACAGCUCAGCCCUGGGGAGAUGGAAGAGUCUGAUCAGGGGCACACAGGCGCACUUGCAACCUGUGCGGGUCAUGAGGACAAGGCAGGCUGCCCACCUCGCCCGCACCCUUCCCCGGCCCCUCCUGCUCGGUCUCGGCCCUAUGUGUGCUCUGUCUGUGGAAAGAGGUUUUCACUCAAGCAUCAGAUGGAGACGCACUACCGAGUCCACACAGGAGAGAAGCCCUUCUCCUGUAGCCUUUGUCCUCAGCGCUCCCGGGACUUCUCGGCCAUGACCAAGCACCUGCGGACACACGGGGCCGCUCCGUACCGCUGCCCCCUGUGCGGGGCCGGCUGUCCCAGCCUGGCCUCCAUGCAGGCGCACAUGCGCGGUCACUCGCCCAGCCAACUCCCGCCCGGAUGGACCAUCCGCUCCACCUUCCUCUACUCCUCCUCGAGGCCGUCUCGGCCCUCGACCUCUCCCUGUUGUCCUUCUUCCUCUACCACCUGACGGGGUGUCGGUAGCGUCUUAGCCAAGAGUCCAAUUAAGAACGAAAAGCGGGCCGGCUCGGCUUCUGACCUGGUACCGCUGCUACGGCGGCCUAGCAAAUUCCGCCCCAGAGGCGCCCCAGGAAGGGCGCCGAGUGCCCUCUCCUGGACGAUCGCGGGUCGCAGAAGCACAGGCCCGCGAGCCCUACAGGGUGAGGACACUGAAGUGUGCAGAAGCGAAGGUUAACAGUAGGGGGGAUUGUCGAUCUCAUCACCAUAAUAAAGAGUUUCCUGUGCCCUCCCU